CGUGCCCAUACGGACCUAUAUACGUCCCUUUGUCUUCGUUUUUUUGCUCCUCUCUUCCUCUCUUUUGUCAUUUGAAACCCAAAAAACUAUAGUACCUUAAAAAAGGUUUGAAGCCUUCUAGACGACUAUACCUCGUCCGUCGGUCGGAAAUCAACCAUGGGAAGAGCUCCAUGUUGCGAGAAAAACGGGCUCAAGAAAGGACCAUGGACGCCGGAGGAGGACAAGAACCUGGUCGAUUAUAUUCAGGAGCAUGGCUAUGGGAAUUGGAGGACGCUACCAAAGAAUGCCGGCCUUCAAAGGUGUGGAAAGAGCUGCCGUCUUCGAUGGACUAACUACUUGAGACCCGAUAUCAAGAGAGGCAGAUUUUCUUUCGAAGAGGAGGAGACAAUUAUUCAGCUACAUAGUAUUUUGGGCAACAAGUGGUCUGCCAUUGCCGCUCGCUUGCCUGGAAGGACAGACAACGAAAUCAAAAACUACUGGAACACACACAUUCGCAAGAGGCUCCUCCGAAUGGGAAUUGAUCCGGUGACUCACAGUCCACGUCUCGAUCUUCUAGACCUCUCCUCAAUUCUCUACAAUUCAUCUCAGAUGAACAAUAUGUCAAGGUUUCUUGGGGUCCAGAAUUUAGUCAAUCCGGAGCUUUUAAGGAUAGCCACAUCUCUCAUGUCAUCCGAACGUGAAAAUCCGAACGACUUGCAGCUUCUGCAAAAUCUGCAACAAAACCAGCUUUGCAAUUCCCAAAUACAAAACCAGAUUCCACAGCUUCUCCAACACAAUGAACUUCAAGAAAUUCCAGCUGCUUGUGUUUCGUUUCCUAGUGAAACACAAAUCGUGGAGCCCAAUGUAGAGCAGUUCCCAUCAGAUUUCACCCAAACAGCCGAUUGGCAAAGCAAUGGGAUUCCUUUAAAUUUUACUGAAGAUUAUGUUAAUCCUCUACCAAGUUAUAAUUAUUAUGGGUCUGAUCAUCAAACUGUGAUGGAUCCUUCGCCUGAAAACUCUGCUUUCUACUCCAACAACAGCAACCAGAAUUUCAGCUUCGCUUCAGUUUUGUCGACGCCAUCAUCAAGCCCAACACCAUUGAAUUCAAAUUCACCAUAUAUCAACAGCAGCACUGAGGACGAGAGGGAAAGCUACUGCAGCACCAUGUUGAAAUUUGAAAUCCCAGAUAUCCUGUGCGUUAAUGAAUUCAUGUAAUUAAUGUCAGAAAAUGAUUGGAUGUAACGAUUUCAUGAUGUAAUGUCGGAAACCGAUUGGAAGGGGUUGUUCAAAUUUACUGGGAUUUGAAAUUUAGGGGUGUUGAUACGUGUAAACUUCGCUUAAUGAUUAAUUUCCGUGCCGUUUUGUUAA